UUCUUCUAUCCGAAAAUCUGAGAGACUUUUCGAUAUAUGAUUAUUUUAAAGCUAUUAGUCAAUUUAAGUCAAUAUUUGAACGAGUUAUUCAAAUACUAGCUUGACAGACCUUACAAACGGUCGUUGAAAAAAAGUUACCAAAAUUUGUAUAAUUUUGGGUGUAAAAUUUGUUGGUUAUCUUCCUAACGUGUGAAAAGGACUUUGGAGACAGAUAAAUCGAACAGUGAAUCUUACAAGUAGUGUGAACAGAGAAGGCUUUGGGAGGUGAAAUAACUUUCCAUAUUAGGCUGUGCUUAUCAGGUGUUGGGUCAAGUCGUCUCGUGGAAAUUUGUCAUAAAAUUGGAUCGAACGAUUUUCUUGCGUAAAUAAUUAACUAAUUUGCAAUCCUAACUGUUUAAAGUUUGCAAUUCAUUUUUAUUGUGUUUCUUGCUUUAUAUUGAACGGUAUAAUUGAUUGAAGGAAACCUCUCGUUCAACAUACAUAAUAGUUUAAUGAAAGAGAAUUGUUCACUAGCUGUGAAAUCGGAAGUGUUUUGUGAAUAAAAUAAUUGAAAUAAACUCAGUACCCUGGGAACAUUUAAACCACUGAGCGUUCAAUAUCGAUUUUGAUUAAUCAAAUGUCUUAGACGAUUAAAUAAACAUCGAAACUAUCGGUCAGACAGUGUUGCAACUAUUCGUUGAGUGGACACAAUUCUUUAAAGAGUUCUUAAGAGGAUAAACAUUUUAAUAAGUGUCAUCACCGUGUGACAGUCCAUACUUUUAUGGUAAAGAUUUACGCAUUUAUUGUUCGGUAUUUCUGUACUGUGAUUAAACACUUUAAAGAUACUUAAAAGGUAAAGUGUGACCUCCCUGUUAGACAUAAAUCUAGAUAAUUGGAAUAUAGCGACAAGGAAAAGGAAAAGAAAAGGAAAAGCGAGACAGUUUGACAGACACGAAAUAACGCCAAAAAAGAUUGACUUAUAUUUAUAUAAUAAUUAUUAGAAAACGUGAAAAUAAAAGAGUAGUAAAAAUAACAUAAGAACAAAAAGACGGAGAGAGAAAAAACACACAAUUUGUGUGUAUACAAUUCAACCGGAAGUAGGGUACAAGGGACCAAGGAUGCGCAGGAAGUCGCGAUCAGUGUCAGACAACACGGAGGUGGUCAAGAUGGGAAUGGGGUACUUUAUAACUGAGGACAUACCAUAUCCGGAGUCGGUGGAUACAUAUAGCACGUGCAUGGACUCUGUUGACCAGAACGACGGAGGAACUCCGAAGGUGAAAAAGGAAAAAAAGGACGGACGAUUAUACAAAUUUGUAAAAAAGCACAUUCUACAGCGAAAAGGUUCGUCCAACGAUGUGAAGGAGAUUCACAUCGUUCCGGAUGGAGACGAAUUUAAAUGGGCGCGCAGGAGCGGCGGAAGUGCAGCCUCCCGGUCCAGCACGGGAACCUCCGGUAGUGAAGGAGAUCGGUUAGAAGUAGUCCACGAUAUGGCGGAAGAAUACACGCAAGAGGCAGUAUGACGUCAUCAAGCUGAAUGCGUAGGAAUAUCUUGCGGUGCUACAUUAAUUGCCCGAGAUAACCUCAAAGUGUCACAGGAGAACGAAAUCUCAAUACUGCCGCGUCGUCACACAUGUGUAUACUGCCAUAGUUACGUCACACAAUGAGGUCAUCACAAACGGAAACUGUUUCGGAUAGCAUUUAUUUCGGAUCUUUUGAUGUUAAAGUGACACAUUGUUCCAGUUAACGUUGUCAUUCGUCGAAUACUUGUAUUUGGUACCUUUUGUGGCCAUCGACUUUACAGUUUGACCUGAUUGCAAUUAUGAGUACAUUUUGUAUAUACAUCAGUCACGGGAGUUCAUGGUAUUUUCCUGAAGUUACUAAAUUAUCUGCUGUUUUACGGCAGCACAGACAUGGUACACCAUGGUUGUUUUCAACAUAACACCAGUGUUUCUAAUUAUCCUUAAAUGUGUUGAAGAAAGGCAAUUACAAGUGUAGUUUAUUUUACAAUUUCACUGGACGAGUAUACUCAUUCACUUGUAGUUCAUUUUCCAGCUUUUACCUCCGUCAAAAGAAAAUUGUGAGAAAAUCAGACAGUAAAACAGGCUCUAGUCAUUAUGUCGUCAGAUUAAUACAUGUAUUUAUUGUUCAUUCAUAUGUAACAUAACAUGCAAAAAGCAAUGCAUUUGUAUAACUAUUAUACCCACAUUCAAAUGAUGAUAUUCGCCAUCACGCUGUAUGUGUUUGUUUCAUACCCUGUUUUACCGCUAUUUAAAAAGCUGUAAGUAAUAUCGGCAAAUAGUCUAUGAGUUAAGAAAAAUUAAAGUGUUAUCAAAUCGAUGUCAUAUAGGAGCUUUAAAACGCUGUAUUAUAAUAUGCUUUCCUGUGGUUUUAGAGAUUAAGCAGUUUCAAACAGUGAAAAUAUCACUUUGAUAUUUUUCAUUGUUUUGAAAGCUAUACCGCUCUUGGUUCUAAUCAAAUGUCAGUGCGGACAGUGCUGGGACACAAAUUCAACUACAUCAUAUCCAAAAUGACGUGCGCAUCAAAAUUGGAGCGUUUUUUGUAAAUAAUUCCAAGUUAAGGCAUACAAUAAAACUAAAUCAAUAAAUGUUUCUUUUAAAGAUAGCAAAAGUGAAUAUUUCUAUUGCUACACCACUCGUGAAAUACAAAUUUUGGUGCUCACUCGGUGAAAUAAAUAAUGAUCUUACACUAAAACAAACAAUUAUCCUUUAUGUAUUGCUCAGUUGAAAGCUACAUAUCCAAAACCUUAUUCAGGAAACCAACCCCUUUUCAACGAUACAAUUAGUGUGUGUGAUCAUCAUUAUUAUCAUCACCAUCGUCGUCGUUGACAUAAUCAUCAUCAUCAUCAUCAUCAUCAUCAUCAUCAUCAUCACCAACAACAACAACAGUAUAUGCAUUAUUUUUUACCCAUUGUUGCUGUCUUGUUUUAUUUUGCAAAUGACUUGUAUUAAAAUGAUUGAAAAAUCAUUGAAAAUCAGUGUUUGUGU